GGGGGCGGCGACGGCGGGAGCGGCAGUGGCGGCGGCGGGUCCGGCGGCGGCGGCGGCAGGUGGCCCCGCGCGCGGCGGCCGGCCCGGCCGGGGGCGGGCGGGAAGGUGGCGCCUCGGGCGGGGGCCGGUCCCUGCACCAGGUGACCUGUUCCGGCCCGGAUCCGGGCGGCCUCGCCAUGCAGCGGCGCGGCGCGGGGCUCGGGUGGCCGCGGCGGCAGCAGCAACAACCCCCGCCGCCCGCGGUCGGUCCCCGGGCCGCAGCCAUGGCCCCCCCGAGCGGCGGCGUCCCCCCGGGCCUCGGCGGCCGCGCUGCCUGCGCGCUGCUCCUGUUCUGCUACCUGAACGUUGUGCCAUCUUUGGGCAGGCAGACGUCCCUGACGACGUCGGUAACACCCAAAGCGGAACAGAGCACGGCUUACAAAGACUUUAUUUAUUUCACCGUCGUUGAAGGGAACGUCCGCAAUGUUUCUGAAGUCUCGGUUGAGUAUUUAUGCUCUCAGCCGUGUGUUGUCAAUCUGGAAGCAGUUGUCUCGUCCGAGUUCAGAAGUAGCAUCCCCGUGUACAAAAAGAGGUGGAAAAAUGAAAAGCAUCUUCACACCAGCAGGACACAAAUAGUGCACGUGAGAUUUCCGAGCAUCAUGGUUUACAGAGAUGAUUAUUUCAUCAGACACUCCAUUUCGGUAUCCGCGGUGAUACUACGCGCCUGGAUUACUCACAGAUACAGUGGUGGAGACUUGAAUGUUAAAUGGGAGGACAAUUUGCUACAUGCCGUAGCUAAGAAUUAUACUCUGCUGAAGACGGUCCCGCCUUUCGAACGCCCUUUCAAAGACCAUCAAGUGUGCCUGGAGUGGAACAUGGAUUAUAUUUGGAACCUUCGGGCAAACAAGAUUCCCCAGUGUCCUCUUGAAAGUGCCGUCUUGCUGUUUGCAGAUGUGGUCACCCUGCUGGGCUUUCUCUAUGCCUCCAGUGGAGAAAACACAGGCAUUGUGAAGAAGUUCCCGAGGUUUCACAACCGAGAGCUGGAGGCCACCCGACGCCAGCGGAUAGAUUACCCAGUGUUUACUGUUUCAUUGUGGCUUUAUUUACUCCAUUAUUGCAAGGCCAGUCUCUGUGGGAUUCUGUACUUUGUUGAUUCUAAUGAGAUGUACGGCACGCCGUCUGUAUUUCUUACCGAAGAGGGCCACUUGCAUAUUCAGAUGCACCUUGUCAAAGGAGAAGACCUUGCGGUAAAAACGAAAUUCACCAUGCCCUUGAAGGAGUGGUUUCGACUGGAUCUCUCUUUUAACGGAGGCCAGGUAGCGGCAUGCACGCCCCAUGAAUCACCAGCAUCAUCACUGAUAACAUUAAGCGUUGCUGUAAAGUCAGGGAGCCAGGAUAUCCGCCACAGCGAAUUUGUGAUAGUGGUAGCCACCAGCCUUGGACAGGAUUUGAAAAGCUACCAUAAUCAGACCAUUAGCUUCAGGGAGGAUUUCUAUUAUAAUGACACUGCUGGGUACUUCAUUAUUGGAGGGAGCAGGUAUGUGACUGGCAUUGAAGGGUUUUUUGGACCCCUGAAGUACUAUCGUCUCCACACUCUGCACCCUGCACAGAUUUUAAACCCCCUCCUUGAGAAGCAGCUUGCUGACCGGAUCAAGUUAUAUUACGAAAGGUGUGCUGAGGUUCAAGAAAUAGUGUCUGUGUACAUGUCCACGGUACAGCAAGGGGGCGGGAGACCAGAAGCAUGCGACCUCCGGAACUCCUAUCUGGACCUGAAGCUCAGGUACGGGAGGCCCUCCACGUGCAGAGCCUUCCCCUGGGAGCAGGAGCUGAAAGACCGCCACCCCAGCUUGUUCCAGACCUUGGUGGAGAUGGGUUUGUUGACAGUACCGAGGAACCAAAAUGAAUCUGUAUUAGAAGUUGGCGGGAGGAUAUUUGAGAAGGCUGUAAAGAGACUCUCCAGUGUUGAUGGUCUUCACCAAAUUAGCUCUGUCGUCCCCUUUCUGAUGGAUUCCAGCUGUUGUGGAUACCAUAAAGCAUCCUACUACCUCGCAGUCUUCUAUGAAACUGGAUUAAGUGUACCUCAGGAUCAGCUGCAGGGCAUGUUGUAUAGCUUGGUGGGAGGCCAGGGCAGCGAGAGGCUGUCUUCAAUGAAUCUUGGCUACAAGCACUACCAGGGUGUCGAUAACUACCCCCUCGACUGGGAGCUGUCUUACGCAUACUAUAGCAACAUUGCCACGAAGACACCCCUCGACCAGCACACGCUACAGGGAGAUCAGGCAUAUGUCGAAACAAUUAGACUGAAGGAUGAGGAAACGCUCAAGGUACAAACCAAAGAGGAUGGAGAUGUCUUCAUGUGGUUGAAGCACGAGGCCACCCGAGGCAAUGCGGCAGCUCAGCAACGAUUGGCCCAGAUGCUGUUUUGGGGCCAGCAAGGUGUGGCCAAGAAUCCUGAAGCGGCAAUCGAGUGGUACGCCAAGGGUGCCCUGGAGACUGAGGACCCCGCGUUGAUAUAUGACUAUGCCAUUGUGUUAUUCAAGGGUCAAGGAGUAAAAAAGAACAGACGGCUUGCCUUAGAGCUGAUGAAGAAAGCGGCUUCCAAGGGAUUGCAUCAGGCAGUCAAUGGCUUAGGAUGGUAUUACCACAAAUUCAAGAAAAAUUAUGCCAAAGCGGCCAAGUACUGGCUAAAAGCAGAAGAGAUGGGGAACCCGGAUGCAUCGUACAAUCUUGGAGUCCUGCAUUUGGAUGGCAUUUUCCCAGGAAUUCCUGAAAGGAAUCAAACGUUAGCCGGUGAAUAUUUCCAUAAGGCUGCACAAGGCGGACACAUCGAAGGAACCUUGUGGUGUUCUCUCUAUUAUAUCACAGGCAACCUGGAGACCUUCCCUAGAGAUCCCGAGAAGGCUGUGGUAUGGGCAAAGCACGUAGCUGAGAAAAAUGGCUACUUGGGCCACAUCAUUCGCAAAGGCCUCAAUGCCUACCUGGAGGGUUCAUGGCACGAAGCUUUGCUGUAUUAUGUUUUAGCAGCAGAAACUGGAAUUGAAGUGUCACAGACAAAUUUAGCACACAUCUGUGAGGAGAGGCCAGAUCUGGCCAGGAGAUAUUUGAGCGUGAACUGUGUUUGGAGAUACUAUAAUUUCUCUGUUUUUCAAAUCGGUGCUCCUUCGUUUGCAUAUUUGAAAAUGGGAGACCUUUACUACUAUGGCCACCAAAACCAGUCACAAGACCUUGAGUUGUCUGUGCAGAUGUACGCCCAAGCCGCAUUGGAUGGAGACUCACAGGGAUUUUUUAACCUGGCUCUGCUAAUUGAGGAAGGUGCUAUAAUCCCACAUCAUAUUUUGGAUUUCUUGGAAAUUGACCCAACUAUCCAUUCUAAUAACAUCUCCAUCCUUCAGGAACUGUAUGAAAGGUGCUGGAGCCAAAGUAGCGAGGAGUCCUUCAGCCCCUGUUCCCUGGCCUGGCUUUACCUUCACCUGAGGCUCAUCUGGGGUGCCGUCCUGCACUCCGCCCUGAUCUACUUUCUGGGAACCUUCUUGCUGUCUGUAUUGAUCGCCUGGACUGUGCAGUAUUUCCAGUCUGUUUCAGCCAGUGGUUCCCGUCCCACACCAGCCCGGGCCUCCUCAGACCCCACGGCCCCGUCCACCAGUCCGGCUGUGACUCCAGCUGCAGAUGCCUCCGCUCAGGACCAGCCCACGGUCACUAAUAACACAGAGCCUUGAGAGUGAACUGUGCGCUCCAGGUCUCUCCCGAUGAGAGACAGUCCUUCCAACAGCUGGUAUUGGAAAGCUGGGGCUAGGGCAUUAUACUGAUAAACACCUUACAUACAUGUCUUGUCAACUGGAUGCGAAUUUUGCACUUGGUGUCUUUUUUUUUUUUUUUAAUCAAAUUAGGAGGAAGUACCCAGAGCAGGCAGUGGCUAAACCAAAGGUUAUCAGCCAGAUACAAGGAGACUCCUGAUCACAGGGGUCUGUUGAGGAGGUUAACUGGGUCACUGCAGAUGUGUGUAUGGGGAGUCAGAGUUUGCCCUGUGGCCCAUCUGAAUCCUUACACACUGAGAUGCAUUUAAAAAAAAUCUUAGCCCCUGUUCAUUCCCUGUUAUUAAAGAACAGAAAAUUGUGACUUGUCUACCAGGUAGGGAAUAUUUCGGUAUGUGUGUUUGCCACAGUCCGGCUCCUCAAAGUCCAAAAGACGGGUUUCAAUUUGACUUCCAAGACCCGGCGGUUCUAAGGCACCUUGAAAUAAAUAGGUUAUGGCUGGAAAUGCAGGGAGGGUGAUGGCUUUGUAAAUGGGUUUACAUUUUUCUCCUUGGAUUUUUCUAGGGUCGGGCUUCCGAAUCAUUUAAUGACAUUGUUGGAUAUCGUUUACUUUUCAAUCAAAUCCAUAAAAUAACAUUUAGAAAAUUCUUAGUAUUUAACUGUAGUCUUCUCCAUGAAUUACCCAUUAGAAUAGACUGGCAGCAGGGGAAUAUGCAGGAAAUAAGCCUUUAGCUCAUAGUUCUGUCCCUACCCCUUUUGCCUGCCUGAGUUUGUGCGAGGGUGUGUGUGUGUGUGUGUGUGUGUGUGCAUGUGUGUGUGUGAGAGAGAGGGGGGGGUUGGGGGGGAAAGAGGAAGAGCAGACUGUCUGUAUGCUGUAUGCUGCUAAGGUAGUAAAUAAAUCAGUAAUGCAAUAUUGUGGGUCCAAACUACUCUUUGCACUACUUUAUUUACAGUAGUAAAUAAAAAUUAUUUUUAUACUGUUGA